AGGGAUGAUGGAUAUGAUAAGAGUGAGGUAGAGUGGGGAGUGAGAAGAUGGAUAGUAGUAUGCUUUCAAUCUCCUCUCCUUGCUGCUCCUACUCCUCCCACUCUCCCCUUUUCGGAGGCGUUAAACAACACACCACCUCCGUGGUCUCCAAUUCUAACAAUCUCCGUCGUCCUAACAACAAAAAAGCUACUUUUCCCCCACCAAUUCCUAAACCUAAUCCCUCCAAGAACCCACUUAAGCUACUUAUCAACCCCCCACCACCACCAUCACAACCACAAUCACCUCACAAUUCUCACCUCUGGCUAACCACUAAGCUCUCUCCCCAGCCUUUGCCUAAAUUAGACCCCCACGUUAAUGAUAAUGAUGACGAUGAUGUUGAUAAUUGCGAUAAUCAUGCUGCUCAGACCGUUCAAGACGAGUUUAAACAGCAAGGCAAGAUUUUUGUAGGCAACUUGCCGGCUUGGAUUAAGAAAAAUGAGUUUGCGGACUUUUUUCGACAGUUCGGCCCCAUUCAAAAUGUUAUCUUGAUUAAGGCCUAUAAUCAUACUGACAGGAACUUAGGGUUUGGGUUUGUUAUUUAUGGAGGUCCCAAUGCGGCUACUUCUGCUGUCAAGGCAGUCGAGUUUGAUGGUGUUGAUUUUCAUGGAAGGAUUUUGACUGUUAAACUUGAUGAUGGGAGGAAAUCGAAGGCCAGAGCACAGGAGAGGGAUAGGUGGGUGGCAGGGGAUGAUAAACUGGAGUUUAGGUCCAAAUGGCAUCAAGAUAGGGAGACGUCGAGGGUUGAUUUUAAAAGAGUUAUUGAAACUCAGCCCGAUAAUUGGCAGGCUGUUGUCAAAGCUUUUGAGAGAAUUGACAAGCCUUCCAGAAAAGAGUUUGGGCUGAUGGUGAAAUAUUACGCAAGAAGAGGAGACAUACAUCGUGCACGUGAAUCUUUUGAGAGCAUGCGGGCCAGAGGAAUAGAGCCGAAUUUAUAUGUAUAUACCAACCUAAUACACGCUUAUGCAGUAGGUAGAGACAUGGACGAAGCACUGUCUUGUGUUAGAAAAAUGAAGGAUGAAGGAAUUGCAAUGAGUUUGGUAACUUACAGCAUUCUGGUAGGAGGAUUUGCUAGAGUCGCCGACACUGAUGCUGCUGAUGAAUGGUUUAAGGAGGCCAAGGAGACUCAAAAACAUUUGAAUGCUGUUAUAUAUGGAAACAUAAUAUACGCCCACUGCCAGAGAUGCAAUAUGGAGCGUGCCGAAUCCUUGGUGAGGGAGAUGGAAGAAGAGGGUAUCGAAGUUCCUAUAGACAUAUACCAUACUAUGAUGGAUGGUUAUACAAUAAUUGGUAAUGAAGAGAAAUGUCUAAUUGUGUUUGGUAGACUCAAGGAAUGUGGCUUCACACCAUCGGUAAUCAGUUAUGGAUGCCUUAUUAAUCUUUAUACCAAGAUAGGAAAACUUUCCAAAGCUUUUGAGGUCAGUGAAAUGAUGAAAUCGACUGGUGUAAAGCAUAACAUCAAGACCUAUUCCAUGUUGAUCAACGGAUUCAUAAAAGUGAAGGACUGGGCAAAUGUAUUUGCUGUUUUUGAGGAUGUGCUGGGAGAUGGUUUAAAGCCGGAUGUUGUACUCUACAAUAAUAUCAUCAGGGCAUUCUGUGGCAUGGGUAAAAUGGAUCGCGCCAUUCGCACUGUUGAACAAAUGCAGAAAGAGAGGCAUAGGCCAACAUCACGGACGUUUAUGCCAAUCAUACAUGGAUUUGCAAGAGCCGGAGAGAUGAGAAGAGCCCAAGAGAUAUUUGAUAUGAUGAGAAGCAAUGGAUGUGUUCCAACUGUCCACACUUACAAUGCUCUUGUUCUUGGUUUAGUCGAGAAGCGUCGGAUGGAUAGAGCAGUAGAAAUUGUAGAUGAGAUGGUUCUGGCAGGCAUUAGUCCGAAUGAGCAUACAUACACUACUAUUAUGCAUGGUUAUGCUUCAGUGGGUGACACUGGAAGAGCGUUUGAAUACUUCACAAAACUGAAAGAUGAGGGGCUACAGCUUGAUGUGUACACUUAUGAGGCCUUACUCAAGGCAUGUUGCAAGUCAGGCAGGAUGCAAAGUGCUUUAGCUGUGACAAAAGAAAUGGCUGCUAGAAAAAUCCCUAGAAAUACCUUUGUCUACAACAUACUAAUAGAUGGAUGGGCUCGAAGAGGUGAUGUUUGGGAAGCAUCUGAUCUGAUUCAGCAGAUGAAAGAAGAAGGUGUUCAGCCUGAUAUCCAUACUUACACAUCAUUCAUUAAUGCUUGCUGCAAAGCAGGAGACAUGCUGAGAGCAACAAAAAUAAUGCAGGAAAUGGAAGUAGUAGGAGUGAAGCCAAAUGUUCGGACCUAUACCACAUUGAUACAUGGAUGGGCACGUGCUUCCCUUCCAGAAAAAGCUCUAAAAUGCUUUGAAGAGAUGAAGUUGGCUGGAUUAAAGCCUGACAAAGCUGUAUAUCACUGUUUGAUGACUUCAUUGUUGUCAAGGGCAACUGUUGCUGAAGAAUACAUGUACACGGGAAUCGUUACCAUAUGUAGUGAAAUGGUGAAGUUUGGGCUGACUGUUGAUAUGGGGACUGCAGUUCACUGGUCCAAAUGUUUGCGCAAAAUUGAAAGCACUGGUGGAGAAAUUACAGAAACCUUACAAAAGACAUUCCCACCUGAUUGGAACUCACAGAGUAGUUUUAAUGCAAUUUCAGAUAUUGAGGAUAGUACUGAAGGUAAUUAUGGUGAUGGCCAUGACUAUGGAAGGGACGACACUGAUCUAUACUAUGACAGUGAUAUAGAUGCUGAUGGCCAUCUUCCUGGCCUCUUGUAAAAGUUUGACUCCAGAAUACAGACUCAAGUAGUUCCAGCAUUAUCCUGAUCCUCGUAAGUUUUACACCAGCGUACAGAUUUAGUUUAGGUCAUCGAAAAAUUCGUUUCUUAGUUGUGUUGGAGUAAGUUUUCUACAUAAUUAUGUAGGCUCUGUUUUUGUGUUGCAUGAGUAAGUUUUCUAGAUAAUUAUGUAGGCUCUGUUUUUGUGUUGCAUGAGUAAGUUUUCUAGAUAAUUAUGUAGGCUCUGUUUUUGUGUUGCAUGUCAAGGUCUUUAGUCAUACGUUUUUUUGACAAACUGUAGUCUAUAUGUAUUGACUUAAAAUUUCCAAAUAAAUAUUUUGGUUAUGUUCC